AUGUCCACCACCAUAUAUCAGGUGGUGGGUUUCCUCCUGUCCAUCUUGGGACUGGCAGGCUGCAUCGCUGCCACGGGGAUGGACAUGUGGAGAACCCAGGACCUGUACGACAACCCCGUCACCGCCGUGUUUCAGUAUGAAGGGCUGUGGAGAAGCUGCGUGAGGCAGAGCUCAGGGUUCACCGAGUGUCGGCCCUACUUCACCAUCCUGGGCCUUCCAGCCAUGCUUCAGGCGGUGCGAGCCCUGAUGAUCGUGGGCAUCGUCCUGGGGGCCAUUGGCCUCCUGGUGUCCAUCUUCGCCCUGAAGUGCAUCCGCAUCGGUAACAUGGAGGAUUCUGCCAAAGCCAACAUGACGCUGACCUCUGGGAUCAUGUUCAUCAUCUCAGGCAUCUGUGCAAUUGCCGGCGUGUCUGUGUUUGCCAACAUGCUGGUUACCGACUUCUGGAUGUCCACUGCUAACAUGUACACGGGGAUGGGCGGAAUGGUGCAGACGGUUCAGAACAGCUACAAAACCGUGUCAUACCAUACCGCAAGCCACAAUGUCACUUACAAGCCUGGGGGCUUCAAGGCCAGUACUGGCUUUGGGUCCAACAGCAAAAAUAAGAAGAUAUACAACGGGGGUGCCCACGCAGAGGACGAGGUGCAAUCCCACCCUUCCAAGUACGACUACGUGUAG